GCGGAGCUCCGGUCUGCAGGGGCAACAAUGGCGGGUCUCUGUGUCGGGGAGGCAGCGCUGGUCACAGCAGGACGGCGUGGACGGCGGUGGCCGCAGCCACUGUUGCGGAGCGCGGCGCUAUGGACCCUGAAGCAUGUUCCACAUUAUUCAAGACAGCAUUUAGUGGUGUCUCGUAGUCUCUGUUCAGCGGCAUAUGAUUCUAAUGAAAAAACUUUUGAUAAAAUUCUUGUUGCUAAUAGAGGAGAAAUUGCAUGUAGGGUUAUUAAAACUUGCAAGAAGAUGGGCAUUAAGACGGUUGCCAUCCACAGUGAUGUUGAUGCUAGUUCUGUUCACGUGAAAAUGGCGGAUGAGGCGGUCUGUGUUGGCCCAGCUCCCACCAGUAAAAGCUACCUCAACAUGGAUGCCAUCAUGGAAGCCAUUAAGAAAACCGGGGCCCAAGCUGUACAUCCAGGUUAUGGAUUUCUUUCAGAAAAUAAAGAAUUUGCCAAAUGUUUGGCAGCAGAAGAUGUCAUUUUCAUUGGACCUGAUACACAUGCUAUUCAAGCCAUGGGUGACAAGAUUGAAAGCAAAUUAUUAGCUAAGAACGCAAAGGUUAACACAAUCCCUGGCUUUGAUGGAGUGGUCAAGGAUGCAGAUGAAGCUGUCAGAAUUGCAAGGGAAAUUGGCUACCCUGUUAUGAUCAAGGCCUCAGCAGGUGGUGGUGGGAAAGGCAUGCGAAUCGCUUGGGAUGAUGAAGAGACCAGGGAUGGUUUUAGAUUUUCAUCUCGAGAAGCUGCUUCUAGUUUUGGUGAUGAUAGGCUACUAAUAGAAAAAUUUAUUGAUAACCCUCGUCAUAUAGAAGUCCAGGUUUUAGGUGAUAAACAUGGGAAUGCUUUGUGGCUCAAUGAAAGAGAGUGCUCAAUUCAGCGAAGAAAUCAGAAGGUGGUAGAGGAAGCACCAAGCCUUUUUCUGGAUUCUGAGACUCGAAGAGCAAUGGGAGAACAAGCUGUAGCCCUUGCCAAAGCAGUAAAUUAUUCUUCUGCUGGAACCGUAGAAUUCCUUGUGGACUCAAAAAAGAAUUUUUAUUUCUUGGAAAUGAAUACGAGGCUCCAGGUUGAGCAUCCUGUCACAGAAUGCAUUACUGGCCUGGACCUAGUCCAAGAAAUGAUCCGUGUUGCCAAGGGUUACCCUCUCAGGCACAAACAAGCUGAUAUUCCCAUCAAUGGCUGGGCAGUUGAAUGUCGGGUUUAUGCCGAGGACCCCUACAAGUCUUUUGGUUUACCGUCUAUUGGGAGAUUGUCUCAGUACCAAGAACCACUGCAUCUACCUGGUGUCCGGGUUGAUAGUGGCAUCCAACCAGGAAGUGAUAUUAGCAUUUAUUAUGAUCCAAUGAUUUCAAAAUUAAUCACAUAUGGUUCUGAUAGAAGGGAAGCACUGAAAAGAAUGGAAGAUGCACUGGAUAAUUAUGUUAUUCGAGGUGUUACACAUAAUAUUGCAUUACUUCGAGAGGUGAUAAUCAACUCACGCUUUGUAAAAGGAGACAUCAACACUAAAUUUCUUUCUGAUGUGUAUCCUGAUGGCUUUAAAGGACACCAGUUAACAGAGAAUGAGAGAAACCAGUUAUUGGCAAUAGCUUCAUCCUUGUUUGUGGCAUCCCAAUUAAGAGCACAUCAUUUUCAAGAAAAUGAAAAUUCAAGAGUGCCUAUUGUAAAACCACAAGUGGCCAACUGGGAGCUCUCAGUAAAAUUGCAUGAUGAAGUUUAUACUGUCGUAGCAUCCAACAGUGGGCCAACAUUCUCUGUGGAAGUUGAUGAGUCGAAACUAAAUGUGACCGGCGCGUGGAACCUGGCUUCACCCUUAUUGUCUGUCAACGUUGAUGGCACGCAGAGGAUGAUACAGUGUCUUUCUCGAGAAGCAGGUGGCAACAUGAGCAUUCAGUUUCUUGGUACCGUGUACAAGGUGCAUAUCCUAACCAAACUUGCCGCAGAAUUGAACAAAUUUAUGCUGGAAAAAGCGGCUGAGGACACAAGCAGUAUUCUGCGCUCCCCAAUGCCUGGCAUGGUGGUGGCCGUCUCUGUCAAGCCUGGGGACCUGGUAGCAGAAGGUCAGGAAAUUUGUGUGAUUGAAGCCAUGAAGAUGCAGAACAGUAUGACAGCUGGGAAAACUGGCAAGGUGAAAUCGGUGCAUUGUAAAGCUGGAGACACAGUUGGAGAAGGAGAUCUGCUAGUGGAACUGGAAUGAAGUAUUUAUAGCCUUUCAGUCAUCACCCGAUUUAAUUAGCCAUUCGUAUUAUUGUUAUUUCACACUCAAUUUAUUCAAGCGUUUUGCAGGAACACCCCUGUGUAGCAGAUUUUACAUGGUCAUAUUUAUUCCACAUAUAGUCAAGACCAACAUUCUGCCAAAAAAUCACCAAUGGAAAUUUUUAUUGAUAUAUAAAUACUUGUACAUAAGAUUUGUACUUCUGGGCUUCCCUGGCAGCGCAGUGGUUGAGAGUCUGCCUGCCGAUGCAGGGGACGCAGGUUCGUGCCCCAGUCUGGGAAGGUCCCACAUGCCGCGGAGCGUCUGGGCCCGUGAGCCAUGGCCACUGAGCCUGCGCGUCCGGAGCCUGUGCUCCGCAGCGGGAGAGGCCACGACAGUGAGAGGCCCGCGUACCGCUAAAAAAAAAACAAAAAAAAAAGAUUUGUACUUCUGCUGUGAGAUUUCCUAGUGUCAAAAUUAAAUCAAUAAAACUGAACAUUUGUCUAAA